UGGCCAGAGAUUAGUAUAUAAUAGACUGAAGUAAAGGCUUUCCUAGACGCUCCAAGUUACCGAUAUAGAUCUAGAUUUCAAAGUUUGAAUAUAAAAAACAGAGUGACUGUAUUUUUGUUUAAGAAAUUUGUACCUUGGCUAGCUGUAGAAAAUGACUCGUAAACAUCUGAUAGCAGUUGAUGGAAGUGAUGAAGCCCUGAAGGCUUUCAACUGGUUUCUGGAUAAUAUGUACAGAAGUGGUGACACUGUCAUUCUCGUCCAUGUAGCUGAAUACAAUAUUGAUAUUGGUUUACCUGGACGCAAUGUUGAUGUAAAUGCCAUUUGUGCCGCUGUUAAAAAGAGGAAUGAUGAAAUUGGCAAUCUGACAGAUGGUUUCAUGAACGUACUAAGAGGAAAACAUAUUACAUCAAAGCUUUUGACAUUGCAAGGUGAUAAGCCAGGGGAGGUAAUCACAAAGGCAGCCAGGGAUGAAUUAGCUGAUUCCGUUGUCAUGGGUACACGUGGACUGGGCACAAUUCGACGCACCCUGCUAGGUAGUGUCAGUGAGUACGUGGUUCACCAUGCUCACUGUCCAGUCACCAUUGUACGUGCUGACCAGUAAACUCACCUGCCUACUUAUGUCAUUCAUGUUUCUUAUAGCCACUGUUACUUCGAUCUUCCACUGAAAUGUUUUAAAAACUUUUUGUUUGUUUUAUUGCGCAAGAGUGUUGGUGGUAAAGUUUAAUAGACUUUUGCUUGACUUGGAAAAUAGAUAUUUCUAUAUCAGUUUGUUAAAUUUUUCUGUGACUGUGUCAGCUCAAACACUGACUAUACUCAGACACAUUGUUGUGUUGGCUUGGUAUUAGUUUCAGUAUAUUUUUAUUACGUCUUUAAAUGUUAUCUGCAUUUAUUCUUGCAUUUCUUUUUUACAUUUAAUUUUAUUUACAAUCUUGUACUUUAUUGCAUUUUCAAAUGGUUUUCAUAUAUCCGAGGACGAUAGUAUUUUGUUUUAUUAAAUUGUCAUUGAUCAUUUAGCUAGCUUUGAUAUACCAGUUAGGUAAUAAGUCUCUUGUUUACAAUAAUUUCUCAUUAAGCAUUUAUCAUUUUAUGAAUAAGUUUGUUUAAAUUUUAACAUGAGUAUGUAUCAAACUAUUGUUGUGAUGUUGUUUUGGAUUGAGAAUUAGUUAUUAUAAACCACAAACUAAAAUCUAGGCAUUGGAUAGCCAUAUUAAGACAAUUUUUAAACUAGUAACACAUAAGUAGUCCAUUUGAUUGUACAUUUUUACUACUUAAAACUAUAUUUGUAUAUUUAAUCAGAAUUGUGUUUGUAUUUAGCAGUUCACAUUUUUACAGCAGAUGGCAUUUAUUAAGUCCAGUUGUAUGGUGCUUUUGUUAACAGAAUUUCCUUCAAAUUGUAAACUGUCUUCAGCUUUUUGUGCAGUCAUCUUCUGGUAAAGUCUUCUAUGACUUGAUUAAGUGCAGUUGGUGCCAGCCCUAGUCUGUAUAGAUCCACCCCUAGCAGCACAUUUUUACACUAUUUUUAUAUUUUUAUAAAAAGAGAAUUAUUAUAACUAUCUGUGAAUCUUACUACCACAUAUCAUGUUUUAUUUAAAGAACUGUAGAUUUCUUGUACAUAAGCAAAACAUUCCAUUUUGAUUUAAUUCUCCAAGUGUGAUCUAGCGAGGUGUUCAGUUUUCUGUAGGUUACCAUGAUUUUUGUCCUACACACGUUUAGCAUGUUUACAGUAGUUUUGUUUAGUCUAAUCAAAUGUACUUAGGACUUGCCAUACCACUCAAACUAUUCUAUGUAUAAGAGGGCCAGUGUGAUAUGUUGACUGUUGCUAAAACCAGGUACAAAUUGUUUAGUUGAUCGCACUGUGAUUUCUUCCUCCACAACUUUUUGAUAAAUAAAUCUAUUAACAUGUA